AUGGCACAGACAAUCCAGGAGCUGCUGGCCACGAAGCCUUCCGGAAACUCACAGAAAACGCAGUAUGUGGACACGGUUGAAGCAUAUGAUAAAUGGGCAGAGGUUUACGACACAGACGGCAACUUCCUCCAACGCCUCGACACAAUCGAGAUGCGCACUCUACUACCCCAAUUCAUCGACCGGGUAAGCAAACGCUUCCAGCCAAGUCCACCAGAUACAGAGACCACGACAACCCGCCCCAGCCUAGUAGACCUAGGCUGCGGCACCGGCCGCAACACAAUCGAGCUCCUCUCCUCACUAAGCACAGCCAAAAAAGCAAACCACUUUUCCGUAAUCGGUCUUGAUGCCUCACGGGGGAUGUUAGACGUUGCGCGGACGGCGACAAGCGAGUAUGCGACGAAAAGCGCAACGCAGACGCCCGUUGAGCUCAGUAUCCUUGACCUUCUUCAACCCGAGCUAUCGAAGACACAGCUUCCGUCUUCGUUGACUGGACCGGGUGCCGUAGGUGUGAUAUCUACGCUGGUGCUGGAGCAUAUUCCGCUUCAGCGGUUUUUUGCGGCUGCGGCGGGGAUUAUGAGGGCCGGUGCGUAUUUGCUUGUGACGAAUAUGCAUGCUGAGAUGGGGAUGCGGAGUCAGGCGGGGUUUACGGAUGAGCGCGGGGUUAAGGUUCGGCCUACGAGUUAUUGUCAUGCUAUUCCUGAUGUUUUGGAUGCGGCUGCGGAGGCUGGGUUUGAGGUUGAGGAGGUUGUUGGUGCGGGUGGGGAUGGGGUGCUUGUUAGAGGGGUUGAUGAGCAGUUGGGGGAUGUUCUGGGGGCGAGGGCGAAGAAGUGGGUUGGGGUUAGGGUUUGGUUUGGGGUUUGUUUUGUUAAGAGGAGUUGA